UCUGCCACCAUGUCGGCCAGACCAUCAAAACGGGCCAAAACCGGCCACAGCCCUCUCCGUGUCACCCGCAUUCAACCACACCGACAAUGUGCUAAUCGCCCCCCUCGGUUUUGGCGCUUCCUGGAACUGCCCGCCGAGGUCCGCAACAUGAUUUACUCGCAACUGCUCACCAUCCCCACCGCCGCCGACGUGGCCGGCGUCUGGGAAUCCCAGCCCCGUCUGGACCUCAGUCUUUUGUACGUCGACAAGCAGAUAUCCCGUGAGGCCGCCUUUGUCCUGUACAGUAAAAACACCUUUGUCUUUCUCGAGCCCUGCGACGAGCACCGGGACGACUCUCCGGACGCCCAGGACUGUGCCCGCCACCGCAGCUGCAACUGGCUCCGCCUGAUAGGUCCCAACAACGCCCUGUCGGUCCGCAACCUGCACAUCCGCAUCCGCGCCGAGCGCUCCUCGCGCCCAGACUCGUACUACUCGGACUUGAUCCUCGCCCUGUCCGGCCUGGCACCCAACCUGACCCGGCUGGCCGUCAUUGCCGAGAAGCACGCGAUGCAAACCCGCCCCGUCACCAUCCCCGCCGGGCCCGCCGGUUCAUUAACGGGAGGACACCAGCAGGUCUUGGAGAUGCACUGGAACCGCCAGUGGGACCCCAACCACGUCACGCCCAUCAACACGUGGACCCUGUACCAGAUGCGCUUCGGCCUGCGCAAGUUUCCUAACUUGAUGAACUUGGUCCUGGCCGGCUUCGAGCAGCCCGGCCAAUUCUUCAUACCCAUGUGCCACUUGAUUAACAGGAACAGGCGCUGCAGGAUCCACGUCGUGAGGCGGACCGUCGCUAGCAGGAGUUGUAGGAAACACCCCAACUUCUCGACGCUGUGGAAUGAGCUGCCUGUGUUGGACCAGAAGGGCAGGCCCAUUCCUAAACCCGAGAAAAAGCAGGGUGGCGGCGGUGCGUGUGGAAGCGGCGGCGGUAUUUUGACUGCUGAUGAUGCUCAGGCCACUACUACUACUGGUCAGAGUAGUGUUGCAGGUCAGCAGAAUGCUGCUGCUGCCGCUGGUGGUGGCCAGAAUGCUGCUGCUGCUGCUCAGAAUCAGGAGGAGGAUGACGGUGAUGCUGCUUCGGACGAUGGCUGGCAAGAUAUCGAGGCUCUUGCAAGUGACAGUGGAGCCGAAGAAGACGACGAAGGCGAGGAAGACGAGAUGAUCAUCUAGUAGUGUGCGUGCCGAUUAUGGUGGUGCAUCGCCAGGCACCAACAUGUCUUUGUCGACUCUUGUCUUGACGGCGACAACCCCCUGGUUCAACAAAUUGUACGAGUGCCAUUCAUCCCAAGGGAGGGGACUUGCUGUCAUCUGGACUGGCCACCAAAACGGACGAAGUGGAGAUUGGGAGUGAUUCAAGAAAACAUAUGGCAUGGUGGUUUCGACGAGCUGUUAUGAUGGCAUUUACAACAAGCGGCAAACAACUGGACUUGCACCUUUUUUUCGGUCAGCGAUGCUGCGAACCAUUCGGC